UCCUGAUCGAACAAAUCUCUCACUAACCCAAUCAAUUUCCAUAUCCAUGGAACCUUACUCCGCUUACUCAUCUUCUUCCUCCACCACCUACUUAUCGCAAAAAGCGAAGAGUCCAAAAUUCCCACGACCAUUUCAUUCCUCAUCGCUACUCCAUACAGUUCGAAAGUCUGUAGCAAAGCCAUGCAAGAGGCCAGUAGUCGCGCCAUUGGCACCAAUGUCACCCCCUAGAAUAUAUAAGGUGGAUCCCAUUAACUUCCGGGACCUUGUGCAAAAGCUCACUGGUGCAGCCAAGUUAGGCUUGCCUCAGCGUCUUCAAAGCGUGGCUCCUCCUCAACUUGAUGUUACCAAGCAAUUCCAAGAGCCUCCACCAUUCUCUGCAGUAGGGUACCAGCAUGGCCAGCUUGGAUCAGGAGCAGCACUGGAAAUGAAACCCCAGAAAAUGUCGGAGAAUAAUGAGGCCCCAUUUUCCUUUGGGAUGAAUCUGUCGCCGUCCUCUCAUAAUUGGUUUUCUUUCCCUCUUCUGAGUCCAGGAAGUCAUUCCGGUUUUGAACACAGCACGGCCCUUCAACUCUCGCAGGAUCGAUAACGUACGUAGACUGUCUCCUACGCACCAUGCAUGUUUCAUUCUUAGCCGCUCGGUUCCCUUAAUUCUACUCGAGCACAUCAGUAUUUGUGAAGUAGAAUUGAUCAGAACACUAAUAUCUUUGAUUUUGUUCAUGUCAUGUGUCCGUACGUACCUUUGAACUGCUUAGAAUUGAUCGACCACCUUUGUUUUUGAACCGGAUUGAGUACUGUUCAUCCCGGCAGGGCACCCAUAAGCGAUUGAUCCAUUUUAAUACUUUCCUACCCGUUUGGAACGAUUAUAUUCAUAGUUGUAGGAUCUAUUGAUGUACUUUUCUUUGCUAUAUCAGAUCA